CUGUUCUGAAUGAGUGGCCAAGGGCCGUCCUGUCCAGCGCUGUGAAGACCUCUCAGGAACAGCAGUGAGGACUGGGCACAUGGAGGGGAGACAGACACUUGUUCCACAAAUACCAACUCGCCACUGAUGGCUGCCAGGCAGUGGGAUGUUCCAGCCGUGGGCUUCCUGCCUGAGACUGGACCCUCCACCAUCCCAGCCCUUGCUUCAGAAGACUCGCAGCCAACACCACCAAGUCCCCUGAGGCACCAGCAGCACCCUAAGCCAUGUCCCACCUUGCCUUUAGCCCUCACAGCAGCGAGGCCAGCUCCCCUCCCCAGAUCUCAGUUUCAAGCUUGGGAGCUGGGGGCGCCUGUCCUGCUGCCCUGGUGAGAGAGAGAGACCUUGCCCUGCCCAUCGUCUCCUCCCUGGAAGGAUAAGGAGCCGAGGUGAGAGGGGGAAGGGAACAGGGUUGAAGGAGGAGAAGGGAGGGGAGGCGGGUGCGAGGCUGAGCCCAGCUGGAGGGGUCGACCUGGGGCAGCAUCCACAGGGGGUGGGGGGUGGGGUGCUGCCGGAGGGAGGCGUGGGAGGGGGCCUGGGACAGAGGACUUCCUGGGGUUGGAUGUUGUAAUCCUGGCUCACAAAAUUUUGACCUCAGUCCCUUCUGUUGCUUGUGGUAUUUCUCUGCCCCUUCACUUCCCAACACACCGGCUGGCACGCGCGCCGCACCGCCGCACACACACACCACACACACACACACACACACACACACACACGCUGCUGUCGGUCUGAGGGUCCCAGGAUCACGACUGGAUUCUGAGCUGGGAGCAACAGGAGGGUGCAGUCUCCCCCGGGGGGCCCUGGGACGAGGUUCAAGGCUGAGCAGAGCCCAGGAGUCCAGGACGAGGGAGAUGUAAAGCCCAGAGAGGUGGUGUGAUUUGUCUAAAGCCACACAGCAACGUCGAGGCUCAGCUCCUCACUCUCUGUCCGGGUUGUGCCUCUCUUGCCGUCCUGCCCCUCCCAUCUGUGGCCUCCCAGUCCUUCCACAGCUAUGGAGAGCAGAGUGGCGGUCCCCGAGGAGGGAGAGAAGUUGGACCAGGAAGUCAAGGACCAGGUGAAGGAGCGGGGCCAGUGGACCAACAAGAUGGAGUUCGUGCUGUCUGUGGCCGGGGAGAUCAUUGGGCUGGGCAACGUCUGGAGGUUCCCCUACCUCUGCUACAAAAACGGAGGAGGAGCCUUCUUCAUCCCCUACUUCAUCUUCUUCUUCACCUGCGGCAUCCCGGUGUUCUUCCUGGAGGUGGCGCUGGGCCAGUACACCAGCCAGGGCAGCGUCACUGCCUGGCAGAAGAUUUGCCCCCUCCUCCAGGGCAUCGGUGUGGCGUCUGUGGUCAUUGAGGCCUAUUUGAAUGUCUACUACAUCGUCAUCCUCGCCUGGGCCCUCUUCUACCUGUUCAGCUCCUUUACCUCAGAGCUGCCCUGGAUGAGCUGUGCCCAUUCCUGGAACACAGAGCGCUGCGUGGACUUCCUGAACCGCUCGGCAGCCAACACGGCGACCUCUCCCGGGAAUGUCACCUCCCCUGUCAUGGAAUUCUGGGAGAGGCGUGUUCUGGGCAUCACCGCGGGCAUCCAUGAGCUGGGGGCCCUGCGCUGGGAGCUGGCCCUGUGCCUCCUGCUCGCCUGGGUCAUCUGCUACUUCUGCAUCUGGAAGGGGGUCAAGUCCACGGGCAAGGUGGUCUACUUCACGGCCACGUUUCCCUACCUGAUGCUGUUGGUCCUGUUGAUCCGAGGGGUCAUGCUGCCUGGCGCCUAUGAGGGCAUCAUCUACUAUGUGAAGCCAGACUUGCUGCGCCUCAAGGACCCCCAGGUGUGGAUGGAUGCGGGCACCCAGAUCUUCUUCUCCUUUGCCAUCUGCCAGGGGUGCCUGACAGCCCUGGGCAGCUACAACAAGUACCACAACAACUGCUACAGGGACUGCAUCGCCCUCUGCUUCUUGAACAGCGCCACCAGCUUCGUGGCCGGGUUUGUGGUCUUCUCCAUCCUGGGCUUCAUGUCCCAAGAGCAGGGGGUGCCCAUCUCUGAGGUGGCCGAGUCAGGCCCCGGGCUGGCCUUUAUCGCCUUUCCCAAGGCUGUGACCAUGAUGCCCCUGUCCCAGCUGUGGUCCUGCCUCUUCUUCAUCAUGCUCAUCUUCCUCGGGCUGGACAGCCAGUUUGUCUGUAUGGAGUGCCUGGUGACGGCCUCCAUGGACAUGUUCCCCAGGCAGCUCCGGAAGAGCGGGCGGCGGGAGCUCCUGAUCCUUGCCGUCUCGGUCACCUGCUACCUGAUCGGGCUUUUCCUAGUCACCGAGGGAGGGAUGUAUAUCUUCCAGCUGUUUGAUUAUUACGCUUCCAGUGGCAUCUGCCUGCUCUUCCUCUCCGUGUUUGAAGUGAUCUGCAUUGGCUGGGUGUAUGGUGCCAACCGUUUCUAUGACAACAUUGAGGACAUGAUUGGCUACCGGCCGUGGCCCCUGGUGAAGCUCUCCUGGCUCCUCCUGACCCCUGGACUCUGCCUGGCCACCUUCUUCUUCUCGCUGAGCAAAUACACGCCUCUCAAGUACAACAAUGUCUAUGUGUACCCGCCCUGGGGAUACUCCAUCGGCUGGCUCCUGGCCCUCUCCUCCAUGAGCUGCGUCCCCCUCUUCAUCACCAUCACCCUCCUGAGGACCAGGGGCUCUUUCAAGAAGCGCCUGCGGCAGCUCGUCACACCUGACCCCAGUCUGCCUCAGCCCAAGCCACACCUGCACCUGGAGGGCGGCCCCGGCCGGGACGGCAGGCCCUCCCCAAGGAAGGGGGGCCUCAUGGUUGGGGAGAAGGAGACACACUUGUAGGGUGUGGCCCGAAGCAGGUGGCUACAGAGCCAGGGACCUGGGUCAGGCCCCCCUUCCACCCCAGUGGACAGCCUUCGCCUCCACCCCCUCUCACAGUCCUGCUGAGAAGCUCCGUGAUGCCCGUGAAUGGUCCCGUCUGGUGGUCUAGACACGGUCCCACUGGAGCACGCUGCGCCUGUCAGAACACACCAUCUUCUCUCGGAAGGAGGUGGUCUUUCUGGAGCCUACCCUGUUGAUAAGACACCACGGCGUGUCGCAGAGGGAACGGCCCCUGUAGAGAGCAUCUGUGCUUUAGGAGGGUAGCACCGGCUGGGAUACACACCGUGAUCUGAUUCAGGGAGCCUGAUGGGACACGCCGUGUUGGAUGUGACAACUGAACACCGCCCCCCUCCCACCCUGUCGUUCUGAGGGAGGGGUCCAUCACCUGGCUUCGCAUCCUGGGUCCUCAGCAAGGAGCUGAGAGAAACAGCCACUGUUGUCUUGUGCUUCUCAAGACGUCCCAGCUCCAACCAGAGUUCCACAUGUGCUUUGCAGUGCUGUCCUCGACGUGGGGUGGCAGGGGCUCAGGAUGGCCCCUGGACCUGGCAAAUACAUGGCAUGCCUGCGUCCACCGGCCUGAGCCCAGGACAGACGUUGCUAGCCGGUCAGAGGUUCUUUCCCAGCUCACAAUCUUCCAAAGACAGGGCUCCCGACAGCCCCAUUUGUGUUCCUGCACUUGUCCCAACCCUGACUUCGUGGAUAAAGAAACAGAGGAUCCGAGAAACAAAAUGACUUUUCAAGUUCACGCAGCUCCUCAGGGCCAGAGACACAACUGAAGCCUGUCUCCUGUCCCCAGGCCAGUGUCCCUCCCACUGCCCCCUCCUGCCUGCUUAACAAGCGUGCAUGGACCGCC